UGUGAGGUGAUUAAAGAGUAGUUUUGAUUGAUCUCUUAUCCAAGAGCUGAGAUGGGUUGGAAAGCAGCGCAGAAGCUUGUACAAAACUGGAAGGGUCUCAGAGGCGACAAUGUGAUGAUUAUUAGGGGCAAAGAUAAGGGUGAGACUGGAGUCGUCAAGCGUGUUGUCCGCACUCAGAAUCGUGUUAUUGUGGAAGGGAAGAAUCUGGUAAAGAAACAUAUCAAGCAAGGUCAAGGUCAUGAAGGUGGAAUUUUUACUGUUGAAGCUCCUCUUCAUGUUUCGAAUGUCCAAGUUGUCGAUCCUGUUACAGGGAAGCCUUGUAAGGUUGGAGUCAAAUACUUAGAAGAUGGUACAAAAGUAAGAGUGUCUCGAGGUAUAGGAGCUUCUGGCUCCAUUAUUCCUCGUCCGGAGAUCCUAAAGAUAAGGACCACCCCUAGACCCACAAUUGCCGGUGCGAAAGAUACACCAAUGGAACAAGUUCUGGAAAAAACUUAUGAUGCGAAGACUGGCAGGGGGAUGCCUAGCCUUUAGAGUGUUCAUUCAUUUCUUCAUCCCGAUGAAGAGCACAUAAAGAUUUUUGACGGAUAAGCCACACUGUGAUGAUUUUGGAGAACAGAAGAUCAAUCUCCAUUAGCUGUUGAAGUCAAUAAUUCAUAACUGUUGAAGAAGAGGUUUUCGUUUUUGGAUGCAACAAUGGUGGUAGGAUGACCUGCCGGGAUUAUAAAUGCUGUUUUUGGGCGAAGUUGUGCACUGAUCCUUUGGUAAUGUACGUCUUCUUGCUCUGUUUCUUCCUGUGCUUGCGUCCUC